CUGGGUCUGCCGCCGCUGCUGCUACAACAACCCCCCCUCCCCAUUAUAUACUGCAACUGGGGGCUUCGUGACUCGGCGUUAGGGGGGAUCGCACACAUUUCCGAUUAGAGAGAGAAGGAGAGAGAGAGGAGGAGGGGAGGGGAACGAGAUUAUACCAUUUCGUACCAACCAAUGAGACGCUCGAUACGCUAAAACAUUUUCAGAGUUGCACGGAGUGAACAGAGCCCUGCAAAGUUCAGGUGAAACUGCUACAAGCUCUGGUCGGUAGGUUCCCCUCCCUCUCGUCUCUGGGCCGCUUCUCAGGUUUGAUGCACAGACAUUGUGAAGGACUGGAUCAGGCAUGAGUAACAGUGGGACCAAAGUGCCCUCUCCGGAGCCCAGCCCGGUCCCAUCUGCCCCAGAAGAACCCCAGCGCAGGGGCAGGGGGCGGCCUCGCAAGCAGCAGCAGGAGCCUGUUGGACCACCGACUCCAAAGAGGCCGAGGGGAAGGCCCAAAGGCAGCAAGAACAAAGGGCCUCGAACGGCACAGAAGAAAGUAGAGCCUGCUGGGGAGCGAAGACCUCGAGGGCGACCAAGAAAAUGGCCACAAAAAGUUGUUCAAGAAGCAGCAGAGGAGCAGCAGGAGGAGGAGUCUGAAGAGGGUCCAUCGCAGUUCGAGUCUGCGUCAUCUCAGGAUCCAGAGGAAGGGCAGUAGACAGUUCUACCUCAAGGUUUGGCCUCAAGCAAAGGGGGCACAUCGGACCCCCUUAUGUGGCGAGGAUUCAGGAACACACACACACAAAGACGAAUAUCAUGGUUUUUUUACACUUAAAAACUCAAACUGAAACAUUUUGGAUGUCAGUUACCCCAUAUGUAUGCUAAAGGGGGACAGGGAGAGGGGUGGGAGCUGUGGGCUAACAAUUGGAGGAGGGUGCAGGGGGGAAAAGGAACCAAACAUUUAUUUUGUUUUAUUUUAAAGUGUCACAAACCCUUGAUUAAAAUGGGAGCAAGACACGGACAUCUGUAUCAAUGCUACAAUUUAAACAUGGUGCGCUGAAGUCUUUACUAUUGUCGGCCAAUGUGAGAGGUUUGGAUUCUUGUGUCAUGGAUAAAUACUUUGAAAUCUUAAGACAGUAUAUCCCUAUAGAGAAACUUCAGCAGAGACUAGUUUUGUAUCUUUUGAAUCUUAAAUUAGAAGUUUAUAUUUUUGCCUACAAAGUAUAAUAAUAAUAUAUACUGUGUCAAUCUAUAUAUAUAUAUAUUUUUUAUAAAUAAUCUCCUGUACUGGCUAGUAGAUGUUUGUUCCUGGAUCUUGAUAUAUAGCUAUAACUGAAGUAUUAUAUAUUACUAUAUUUAUUAAAUACUUCAUAAAGUGAUUUAUUGUUUCUGACUUUCCAAAUUCAAACCGCCAUUAAAAAAAAAGUGAUUAUGGAAGUUAAAGGUUAUGUAACUUAGUAAUUUUUCUGGUGGAGGGUCCAUCACCUGCUUGUCUCCCUGGAAAUGUUGUGCUCAACUCAACUAAAAUCUAUCUCUGUGGAGACAAGUAGGUUUUACCUCUAGGGCAGGUUACAAGUCGGAUCUGUGGACAGGUGUUUGUUUUUUGUUUUUUUUAAGCAACAUCUGUAUUUGAAUAGAUAGACAUUUAUAUAAUUAAUGCCAGUUUGUAGAACAUUUCAGACGCAGCAAUAACAUCUCAACAUAGACAGGUUGUGAACUUUCUACCAGAAAAGUUACAUAGCACACCUUUAAAUCCACAACACAAAGGGAUAUCGACAAAGGAAAUCGAUAUUUUUAAGGCAGUCCCGUUUAUAUAUUGUAUUUUAUUUUGAAAUCAAACCUCUCACAUUUGCUUUGUCAACAUUUGGAGUUGACCUGUCAUUUUACCACACUCAGGAUUGUGCUCUUACCGUGCUUUCUUCCACCCCAAUUUUAAACCAUUUUUUGAAAUAUUGAAAAACCUCAGGUACAGAAUAUUCAGGAACAUGUUGCCAGUCUACUCAGUCGUGAUGAUUGUUCUGAUGUUGUGUUUGACCAGAUUUGCCUCGACACAAUGACCUCACAUGAACCUCAGUCUCAUCAGUCAUUCUACCUCACUGUACCUCACACAGACUCCCACACAGCACCUGUCCUGAACACAUGUACUCAGAGAAAAGGCUGCAGAUCAAUACUAUACAUCCACUGGACAUAUUAUUAGGUACAUCUGUGCUCUACUGAUUGUCAAUGAAAAUCUAAUAGCAACUCAAUGGAGCAUUUAGGUGUGCUGAAGGCUACUCUAAUAAUGAAGUAUCAGAAUGGGAAAGGACAGAGAUUAAUGUGAUUUUGGUAGUCCACUGUCUGCUGGUCCAAAGGUUUUUUUUUUACACAAAAUCAUCUCCAGAUUGUUUUAUUGUUUAGUAUAUUGUCUGGAACAUAUCCUGUGUUCUGUUGAUCUCUGAUAGUCAUGAUUGACAGGCACCUUAACCAAUCUGAGAAAACAAAAACAGUUAAAAAGAAAGAAAAAACUGACGCAGAGAACUGAAAAACAGCGCUGAUUUCUGUUGAAUCAACCAGCAAAGUACUAAACGCUGUAAAUCUGAGGUAGUAUAAGUAAUAUAUUUAGUGCUGGACAAUACAAGGAUAUUUGAGAGGACAUGAGAGGAUCAUCCCAAAAUUGGAUGGUUGUUGGAUGCACUGUACAUCUGGUCCCAGAUCCUCUUCUAUUCAAAUCGAAAGGAGAAAGGACAGGCUGCCCAGAUUGUUCCCUGUUUUGCUUAAUGCAAUAGAAGCCUUUACCAAUAUUGUCUGUGCCAAUGGGGCCAACCUGCUGCAAAAGCGGAAGGGUGCUGUGUGGUAUUUGGGGGCCUGUCUCCAGAUCUAGGAUCAAGAGUAGGCCUACCUCGUUAUGGACUACGACACAUUACGAAAGGGAAAAGCCAAAGUGCCCACAUUGUCCAUUAAGUUCCUUAAACCAACUUUCCUGACUUUCUUGACUCACUGAGUUGCUGUCACAUGUUUUGUUCAACUAUUUGCAUGAUCAGUACAUCGUUAUCAACAGACAUACCUAAUAAUAUGGUCAGUAGUGUACAGAAAAAAAGUCAUUACACUCCUUGGGGGAAUUGCAGCCAAUGGUUUACAAUGCCUUAAUGAAAUACAGUAUGUUUUAUUUAGGGUGUAGUAGUUCUCUAUGUUUAUUUUGGGUCUGUUACUUUUAUUUUUCUCAUUACUGCUUCAUGUAUUCUCUGAUUACUACACUGUAAAGGUGACGCAGUUCAUGUGAUUGAAAAAGCCAGCCGAUAUCAACGCAGUGCUGAAAUACAUGACAGUAAAUCACAGAUGUUCAGAUUAGAUUCCAGUUUACCUGCUCAUCAUAUCAUAACAUAUUAUCUGUGCACUGGUAACACUUUAUAUUAGCUACACUUUUAUUCAUGAUUUAUUGAGGAUAAUUAAGGUGUAGCUAUCAUAAAGUGGUCCUGCCCAUUUUAUUACUCCUUUUCUAUUAUGUAAGAAAAAUGGUUCAGUCCUAGGAUAUUGAAUCAUGAUCAUAAAGUACCUUUUGAAAUAGACCUUAUCUAUAACCUACAUAGACAAUAGUAUUAGUUGUUUUGUCUACAGAUCUUCUCAACAUUAAACUGGGUGGCAAUUCAAGCACUGGCUAAAAAACAAAGGAAUUUAUAAAGAAAAUGGCUACCCACACUUGAAAAAUACUACAAUCUAUGUUUAUAUUUUUAACAAGCUGAACUUUUUAGGUCUCCCGUAUAUUUUACCCCAGAUGCCCUUCCAGACACACCCUCCAUUCAUCCAGGCUUGGCGUUGGCACAAAGCAUAUCCAAUCUCGCAGUUAUGUUUACGAAAAUAUAUUUCAGCAUUCUUGUUGUGGCGAAUUGAUCUAGUCUUGCUUUUAAAACGAAAUAAUUGUGCAUUUCACUAAAUUUACUUAUACAGUCACCAAUAAUUGUUUUUUUUUUACCUCUUGACAAUUUGCAAAAUGUAAUGAAUUGAAAAAUGUUUUUACCUCUUAUCACUAUUGUACUGGGCUCACAGUAAUGUUUUUAGUUAUAUCCAAAUCAUGUAUUUCAGCAUUGUUCCAUAUUAUCAAUUGGUUGCUGGGUGGACGAGCACUCACGCAGGGUUGUUUUCUUGUUCAAACUGCAUUGACAUAUUUUUACAUUGCCCUCUGGACUACCUCUGCAAAAAAGCAAACACGCCUGGAUCACUACACAACAACGAUCCAGUUUUGUCAUGAAAUAAUGCAAAAAAAACAUUGACAACAAACCUCAAAAUACUGUAAUAUUUUAAUACACGUAGUCCAGUCAUCUCAUCUCGCUGCAGUGAAGUCGCUUGAAGGCAAAUCUUAAUUUAAAACUACAGCUAUCAGUCAGUGUUUAUUAUUUUACAUAAUGUGUGGUGCAUAUUUACUCUUGUUUUUGGGGACAAUUUUAAUGUUCUGUGAUUUUUAAAACUGAUAGUGAUGUAGUGACAUAAAGCAUACUUGAUCCAGUUUCAACUCUUGAAUGAAAACAAAGUUGAAAAAGAAAAACUUGUAACUUGAGAAAUCAUCUUUUAUGCCUUACUCUUAACCGCGUGUAUUUUAGUACUAUAUAUGUUAUUGAUAUGUCCUCAUCCACUUACAACUCACCAACCUGUGAUAUAUAUUUUGUUAUACUUCGUAAUAACCAUGUGAUUUGUGUUAUUCUGCUUCUUUUAUUGCUCAUCAAUAAAAUAUCACACUUAUUGAA